UAAAAUAAGGCGUGAUCUAAGGUGUGGUUUAUCAGAUAAUAAAAGAUGGAGGAUCCAAUUUGCUCAGUUUGUGAAGCAGAUUCCAGCCCCAUAUGGAGAAGGGCCGAAGAGGGGAAGGUAAUAUGUCUGGAGUGCUAUACGAACCAUAAAAAGGUAGAAAAAGCAGUCGAAAGCUCCACAGACACUCCAACUCCUCCACCUUUCAGUUCAAGCCCAGCCCCAACUACCACUAGGAAGAGGAAAGGAGGGAAGAGAGGGCCUAAAGGAGGUGGUGCUACUAGUGAGAAGUCUUCCUCUAGUCAGCCACCUCAAGUAAGCAACCAGCAGCAAGGAAGGAGGACUCUGAUAAAAGGAAGGCCGAUGAAAGCUCCGACUCCUGAGCCACACCUCCAAACCAGCAACUCUGUCUUACAUAAGGGUACUGUCUAUGAAGUAGGUGACAUAGUGUCACUAUUGGAUUAUUCAGGCGGUAUUUAUUAUUCUAUUAUUCGUGGGUUUCUCAUUGAUCAGUAUGCGACUCAUUACGCCGUUUUGAAGUGGGUUUUACCAAAAACUCCAAACCCGACCCACUUUGACCCAAGAAAUUUUAUAUUAGGUCCAGAUGACGAUGAGCCCAGGAACUUGGACAUUCUUGAUUUCAUCUGUCACUCUCCGAACUCCAAAAGUUUCCGACAAUCUUUUACUCUCAAUUACGAAACAGCUGCAAAGUGGUUACCGUGAAGAAAAAAAAUCAAUUUUAACAAAGAGAGACAAAAAUCACUUCAAUUUUUUAUAUCUAAUCAAAAAAGAAACAAAAUUAUUUCAUCCG